AUGAAACCAAAUUUUCAGGGUGACUUAUACGCAUCCAAAGAAUUCGUUGAUCUUUAUCGUGACAAGCCGACUGUAUUCACAGUAGUACGUGCAAGGAAUGCUGAUUAUCCACACUACUACUCAGACGUUGGCGUGGCAUUGAGUGUAUCGAAUGAUGAUCAAGGUUUUUCGUUUCCGAUCAAGCUGUAUCGCUUGCUUCUUCGUGAAAACUCGCCAGCCGGAACGAUUUUGAAUACGACCGUUACUGUAGGUAACCGUGCCGCUUACGACGAUGUCAAAUACGGGUUAAUACCAGCAAAUCUCUUCUCAAUUGAUGACGAUGGCGUUAUAAGGGCGCUCCAACCGAUUGAUGCGGAAAAAUUGUCGCGCGAUUCGAGAGGAAUCAUCCAAAUGAUCGUUUUCGCACAUAGCGGCAAAGACGAAGCGAAUGCCACUAUUCAGAUCAAGAUUGAGGAUGUGAAUGAGUUCGCACCGAAGUUUGAUCGUCUUUUGUAUGAGUUCAAUGCGUCUGAGAACAUCGAACCAGGCCAAACGAUCGGAACUGUGCAUGCCUUCGACGAGGAUAUCUCUGAGGGCAGUCGACUCACAUACCGAAUCACAGAAGGUUUGCUUCGUUUGGCUGAUUGCAAAUACGUAUCAAAUUAA